CAAAAUAAAUGUUUGAGACGGAUAGCACCCUAUUCUAUUGUCUCUUCUGUGACUUACUUCUCAUCAAGAAAUCUACGCGAAAUGGCGGACUCCGAGCACUCUUCUUCCGAUGACACUUUCUCGGACUCUCGAGAGAAGAGCACAGAAAAAUCUGAGCUUCAAUUCUCCGAGGAUGAGGAAGCACUUAUCAUAAGAAUGUACAAUCUAGUAGGGGAGAGGUUGGUCCGUUUUAUUCUUCGACUUGUAAUUAUCUUGAUCGAACUGUAUGUUUUAACAAUUUUCCGGCAGGUGGGCUUUGAUUGCCGGGAGGAUUCCGGGGAGAACAGCAGAAGAAAUUGAGAAGUAUUGGACUUCUACACACUCAACUAGUCAAUAAACAAGGUGGUCAAUUGGUUGUUUCAUGUGUAUCCAAAAUAUUUACUCCUUGUCCUGUAAAUUUACUACGUACGUUCAAGAGAAAUCUUCAUUUAUCAGACGAUAGUCGUCGAGUAAUUUAGUUACGUCUAUCAUUUUUGAAAAUUAUAAAUAAGUAAAUGAUGCAUCAAA